UCCGCCUCUCUCUCACUCUCACCUAUUCUUCCAGUUUUACAGUUAAUGUCGAACUGAGCUCGUCGUUCCUUGUAUCUCGUCUUCCUUUCUGGACAAAAGAAAUGCCUUCUGCAUUGGUAAUUCUGGCCGAAGGGGCCGAAGAAAUGGAAGCUGUUAUUACGAUUGACGUUCUCCGUCGCGGUGGGGUGUGUGUAACAGUUGGUGGCCUCAGCGAUUCAAACCCAGUCAAAUGCAGUCGGGAUACCGUCAUUGUUCCAGACAAAAGUCUCCAGCAGGCAAUUAGUGACAACAAAUACGAUGCAGUUAUUAUCCCAGGAGGAUUACAAGGAUCAAAGCUUAUCAGUGAGUCAUCCAUAGUUAAAAAUCUUCUCCAAGAACAAGAAAAACGAACUGGCUUGAUUGCAGCUAUAUGUGCAGGACCGACUGCACUGAUGGCUCACAAGAUCUGCAUGGGCAAACGGUUGACCUCCUAUCCCGCUUUCAAGGAUAAAUUAACAGCAGCUGGUUACAAUUACAGUGAAGACCGUGUCGUUGUGGAUGGACGACUGAUUACAAGUCGUGGACCCGGAACGGCAUUUGAGUUUGCGUUGGCCAUUGUGAAGGCAUUGGACAGCCAGGAGAAGGCCGAUUCCCUCGUGGCCCCUAUGUUGCUGAAACUAUGAAGAUGUUUUAAUAAGACUGUUCUGUGAUGUCACAUUUAGAUUACACUAAACAAAUAAGAUGUGGAUUAUAAAAUAUUCUGGUUUCUGUU